UUUGGCGACUGCUAAUUUGUGAAUUUUGUGGAAAGUUUUAAGAAAAUAUCAUUCUAAAAGUGAUUUAAAUAUAGUAUAGCUAAACUGAGCCUGUAAAAAACUUCGUAAAGAUGGCCCAGGGAGUCUCAGAGCACGUGAGGGGUUUUUCCUUCAUGCCCGAAAAUAAAGUCGAUGUCAUUGAUUUGCAGUACAUAGAGGGUGGUGAGUUAUCCAGAGCAUGGAAGAUGUCCCGGCGGGAGCGGCUUAAAAACAUAGAAGCGAAGAUUUGGGAUGAAUUCAUUAAUGAACGGGAUGUGGUUGAAUCUGUUAAGAGUGAAGACCCAUACCAGUUCUUGGAGGAGCUUCCUGAAGGCUGCGUGAGAGAGAUCCUUGACGCUGAGCUCACGAAGAUGAAGGAAGAAAUAGCUGAGGAAGUUCCUGUUGAGCAGCCGAAGGAACAGACAUAUAAAGAGGACCUCCAGGACCCGCGGGAGACCAUGGUGACCUUCGCCGAGUCGAUGGAGGACGAACAGUGCGAAAUUAUCACCAUUUUGGACGAGGGCGAAGUUGAGGAAGAUGGCUCAGAGCCAUGCGAGCGGGAAGAGUUGAACGAGACAAUGGACAGCCAGUGUACCGUACGAGAGAAACCGAGCACCCCUGAACUGUCAGUGAAGGCGUCCGAAAAGAGCCGUGAGAAGUCGCCUGAUAACGUCACAAAUAUAAUCGAAAACGGCAUAUACAGCGCUAAAGUAAAAGAGCUUCAGUCUAAGGUUAACCUGGAACUGUUAUCUGUUAUCACGACCCUGGAAGCUCAUAAUGUGUAUCAACUGGAUCCGAACACACUCCUGAAGCUAAAGCGACAGUGCAGCGAGUUCUGUGCUCGCUACUGCCGCAUAUACUUGUAUCCAAUAUCGCGACAGAUCCACGACGUGACGCGACACAACAACACGGCAACGCCGUACGCGCGACACACGCACACACGCUCGCAACUCAUCCGAUCUGUGUCGCUUCAACAGAACAUGUUGCAAGCCCUUCAGAUGAUCCACAAAUGGUUUACCCAAAAGACGCCGCUGCGGGAAUGCGUGUACACAAUCAAGAACUUCAUGCAAUUGGUGCGAGAAGCGGACUCCGUCUGUCCCGCCGAGGUCCAUAACGAGGAGCUGCUGCAAACUUGCGAGAGCUUGGACAAAGCUCUGGGCCUAUACCUAGUGAGACUUAACAAUUUCGUGGGGGAUGACAGCGAAACUGUUGCCUCGGUGCCUCGUUCCGGAAAGUCUCAUAAGUCUUCGAAGUGCAAUAAACAUGGCAAAGCAAAAACGGUCGCAGACGCCAAGCUCUCGAUGUACUCCCUCGAUAGGUUCCCGCGUAGCUCCAAGGCUUCUAUCGCCCGAUCGAGCGCUGGCACGUCUAAAGCUCGCGUGGGAGAACCACCGACCGCCCGCCCGAAGAACCCUAAUCCAUUGGAAAACCAAAAUGCAGCAGCCAAUAAGAAAACACGGUCCCGGAGACCGCUGAUGCGCGCGCCGGGCGGCGGCCACCGCCGCGACACGCGCGACCCGCACGAGCACGACAACAUCACCACGCUCGUCGAGACCGUCGACUUCAUGGCGACUCCCCACGCGUCGGCGGCGAACUCGGUCCACGGCGUCCCGCGCUCCACCUCCCCGCGCUCCCCGCGCCGCUCGAAGACAUCGCACGUCUCGAGAUCAGCGCGAGGCAUCCGCAAGAGCAAAGAAACAUCUCCCAGAUCGCCAAGAUUAAACCCAAAACGUAAGAAGGACACUUUAGAGAAAGAUCUAAAGCUAGCUCUGGACGCUAUACACGCAUCAGAUGAUACUCUACCGUCGGUUAUCAAGGUGCAAUGCGCGAAGAAAGACGUGGUGAAGACACCUAGUGAAGCGACUCCAAGGACUCCAAGGACUGACAGGGUAGCUGAAGAAAAAAAAGAGCUAAAGGAUGACAAGGAAGUGAGCUCCACGAGCGACGUGUCCGUGCUCCUGAGACAGCUCUGUGCGGGGCGGUCUAAUAGCAAAUUAAGAAGCCCAAGGGAGCGAGCAUUUGGAUCCAAGAACGCCCAGCUGCUAUGUGUCAACGGUGGCAGCCCACGUUCGCCUUCCCUCGGCACACCUCAACUGUUGCGGAUACUAGAAGAAACAAUCCAAAAGCAAGCUCCAAAGCCACAAUUCUCCACCAAAGCUCCAGUUAAAGACCUCGACCGCUAUCGGCUCAGCUUCAACUGGAGCAGCUCGGCCACGGACGCGCUCUUCCAGUACCGCACCAAGUUCGUGCAGCACAUGCUGUCCAGCCCCAUGUACGCUAACAGCAGGGUCGGAAAGCCCUGGGAGAUGAUCGGCAAAAUAUCAGAACAAAUCAUGGAUGAGAUCCUUAUGUCCUGUGCAAAAGAGAUGCAGUUAGAGGAUAUAAUUGAAGAACUAUACAAAAACGAGACACAGUGAUUUUUAUGCACUUAUUAUAUAUUUUUUGAUGUUUGAAAUAAAUGUAUUUUGAUUUCGA